AACUGUUUAUUAUUGAAAUUUAGUAUAAAACAAAUCGCAUAUUUUUCGAUAAUCAUUGCGAAUUAAUUUUCCCGUGUCGUUGAACGAGGCGGUUCGUUACGAUUGCAGCGGCCUCUUGUGGCGGUUUCACCAAACGCGAACAAUAUCGCUCGAAAGACUCGACAACAAAUCUGUUUUUUUUACUACCACGAGUUGGUUGCUUCCCGUGCUGUUUUGCAAUCAAGUUGUUAUCAACGUUGCUCAAAUUUCGUUACUACGACGAUUGGUAAAUUCCCGAUAUUAAAAUCCUCAUAUAUUCCAAGGCAAGGCAGAUCGAAAUCAAGCAAAUAUCAAGCAUUCGUUUGUUUCACUUCCGCCUAAUGUUUCACUGAUAAAAAUUGUGGAAGGUGCAGCGACCGAAUUCUUAUUUUGAGCCACAACGUUUGAAGAAUUUGAGCGUAAUUGCGAGCAGAAGUCAACAAGAUGUCUCGGGAUGUGGAAGCAAAACGCGAAGAAUUUCGCAAAUACCUUGAACGUGCCGGCGUGAUUGAUGCCCUAACCAAAGUUCUUGUCCUGCUUUAUGAAGAGACUGAAAAGCCUGACGACGCUUUGGAUUAUGUUCGCAAGUACCUCAGCAAUGCAACAGACAGUAAGAGCGAGGUGGAGACCCUGAAGCAAGAGUUGGAGAGUGCGAAGGAUCAGAUUGCCGAACUGGAAGCAAAGCUCCAGAAAUGUGAUCUGGAUGUGACUCCAGCUUAAAUAUCUUGACUACUUAUACUUAUAGAACUUAACAUUCCUUGCUAGUUCAAAAAUUUCAAUCUCUUUAACAAAAAUAAGAUAAUUAGAAUAGAAUCUGCCUUAAGAAACGUGCCUUAUUAGUAUAAAGAGCUGUAUUGAUGUUUUGUUUCCCACGCAGAUUUCAUUUCGGUAUAUACUUAUGACGAGAGAAAGAAAGAAAAAAUAUAUAUAUAUAUAUUUGAUUAUUAGUUUAGGAUUUAAUUCCCCAAUGGAAAUCACAGUAUUUUGAGUUAAUAAGUACAAAAUAUGAUCUAAAUAUAUAUAUAUAUAUAUAUAAAUGAUAUACAGAGCACUAGCUCCGAAUCUUUAACCAAAAGUGAGCAAAGACUUUUAUAUGGUAUGCAGUCAUAAUAAACAAAGUAUAUCUAUUGUUAUUCGAACUUGGAGGUUCGAGUACUUUAAUUCUUUUCGCUUUUUUUUUCUACUAAGAGAAACGAUCUCGUGAUUUAGUAAUGUAGUUAAUAAUCUGUUGAUAAAAAUAUAAAGUUUCCAAGAUAUUGAGUUAAUUGUUAAUUUUUGUAGCCUUUUUUUUCCAUAUUCUUUCGCGAUACUAAAUUUUGUUGAACUAAGUACCUUGGAAAUUGUCAACAUUAAUUUUCCUUUCUUCUGUAAUAUGGGCAGGGUACUACUUUUCUAGAAAACAUUAAAUCCACAUUGAAUCUA